AUGGCUUUUCAGUCAACAGCAGUGCUUUGCGACGACGCUAGUAAGAAGGUGGAGCAGCAGCACAAAUCAGGAUGGUUUCAAUUCAUGAAGUCUGUCGCGACAUUCAAAGGUGAUCUUGCUUCGCUAUCAGCACCUCCGUUCCUUUUGUCACCGGACAGUAUAUGCCAAUUUAGCCAAUACUUGAAUGAUUAUCCCAGGUUGCUGGUGGCACCAGCCAAGGAAGAAAACGCCGAAAAGAGAGCGUUACUCGUAAUGCACUGGUAUCUUGCCGGAUUGAAACGCCAAAUGGCGACGCGAAAUGAGGAUGGAUCACGGAAAAAGCUGAAGCCACUGAACCCUUUCCUAGGCGAGAUAUUCCUAGGUAAAUGGGAAGACGAGUGCGGGACAACCGAGUUGAUAUCGGAGCAAGUAUCGCAUCAUCCGCCCCAGACAGCAUAUUAUAUAUCAAAUAAGAAGCAUGGAGUCUCAGUCGACGGCCAUAUCGCUCCGCGGUCCUUCUUUUCCCAUACCAUCAACAUAGAACGUAAAGGGUUCGGCACUUUGAGAAUAGAUCGGUUCGACGAAAACCACGUCUUCACGGUGGCGAAGGUACAUGUCGAGGGCAUAGUGUCCUUUCAGAUCGCCCCAGAACUUAGCGGAACUUCUUACAUACACAGCUCAUCUGGCUAUACAACCAAGAUCGAGUACUGCUCGAAAGGUUGGCUUCGAGGCGCGGGCCAUACGUUCAAGGCAACACUGUUCCGCGAUGGCGCCGAGAAGUCUCCACUCUAUACUGCGACUGGUCAAUGGGAUGGCAGCUAUACCGUAACAAAUGACAAAGGAAGGGUGAUUGAUACCGUCGAUCUUGCCUCGCUGAAGCGUACACCGCUUCAGGUUGCGCCGGUCCAGAAACAACAUCCAUUGGAAACUGGCAGGGCUUGGCAGCAUGUAAUCGAGGCGAUCCACAGCAACGAUAUGUUCGCUAUAGGACAUGAGAAGAGCAAGAUCGAGAAUGCUCAGCGAGCGUUGCGAAAAGAAGAGGCGCAGGAAGGACGCGUUUGGGAACGGCGGUUUUUCACUUCCAUCCAGAAGGACCACACGGUUGACAGUCUCGCACUAAGAAGCAAGCAUGACGCUUGUCAUGAUUAUCACGUCUACUGGAAGUUUGAUCAUUCGAAGCACGACAGGAUUCGGGAAAAUCAGCUUCACGGGAUGAAGAGCCCCACACAUGCGCGAUUUGACUCAGGGAUCGGAAUGCUACCAGAUGACGUCUUGAUGGAACAUUAG